AUGGCCGGAGAUGCGAGCGAGCCAGCUCCUUCCGGAGGUGGGUAUCAGCUAGGUUUUCAAAUGCACCCGUUGACAUCGACGGGAGGCCUAGAUACUUCUGGGGACGUGAAGCCUGGCCCGCAUCCAGUUGCCGAUGAUAUCUUGUACAAGCUCGCCAUGGAGAAUAGGGAGAGCGGAAACAAGUUUGUGAAAGAGGGCGACUACGGGGCGGCCAUCGGCAAAUACUCCGAGCUGAUCAUGCAGACGCGCUCGCUGGACAAUGAGACGGACGUCCUGUGGAACGACGCCGGUCGCGACAAUGUGCGGCAGCUGCGGGCGGCUGCCUACCUGAAUCUGUCCCUGUGUUUCUUGAAGACCGCCCAGUGGACCCAUGCCAUAAACACAGCGACGCGGGCCAUGCAGGGCGACAAGGACCCGCCAGACCCCAAGGAGGACGUGCUGAGCCCGGACAAGAAGGCCAAGGCCUUGUUCCGGAGAGCACAGGCCCAGCGAGACGGCCACAGCAACAGCGAGGAGGCUCUGAAGGAUUUGAGGAAGGCGCUGAAGUUGGUCCCCGACGACAAGGCUAUCCAGCAGGCCGUGAAGAUCCUCGAGCUGGAGCUGACGGCAGAGUGCCGGGACGCCGACAAGAAGAUGAAGGGGUUUCUGUCUGGGAGCAAGAAGGUCCAGAGUGGAGAAGGGAUCUUCAAGGAGCAGGAGAGGCCCACCGAAAAAGACCGAGCAGGCAUACCGAAGCCUAAAGAGCCAAUGAAAUUGAGCGAAGGUCUCUGGUUGGCCCCCUCGGCGGACGAGGCUCUGGAGCCCAAGGCCCAGGCGGCGGAUGGCUCCGACAUAGACUUCGCCGAGCUCGGCAGGGAGCUGAACGAGAUGAAGGAGGAGAGGCCAGAGGUCUUCGCAGAGAUCCGUGCCAAGAUGCAGGGGAUGCUGGAGGGGGAGGCGCAGGCGGCCGAGGGCGCACUGGAGGCGGCCGAGGGCGCGCCGGAGGCGGCCGAGGGCGCGGCGGCGGCGGCGUGA